AUGCUUGUUAGCCCCGUUUGCUUACCACCAGUUUCCGUUGGUAACCCAAAUUUCGUCACAUCAAAAGUGACAACAACUUUGCUCAGCAAACCAACAACACCAACAAAUACCCCAAUAAUAUCAAUAAUGGUGUCUGAAUCGCCCCAAGCUUCUUCCCCUUCCCAGUUUUCUUCAAAACCGCUCAAAGUUCUUAUAGUUGAUGAUAAUGAUAUAAAUCUGAAAAUAUUAACAAAGAUAUUAGCUAAGCAUUUUGGUCACUUGAUACAAGCCACUUCGACGUUGAGCAGCGGUGUAUCGGCAUUAGACUCGCUAGCGAAAGAUGAAUACGAUUUGAUAUUGAUUGACAUUGAGAUGCCAGUAUUAAGUGGUGUUGAGACGACAAUAGAGAUUCGUCGUGUUGAUAGUAAAUAUAAAAUUUUAGAGAGUAAUCGAAAAAUACCAAUCAUCGCCGUCACAACAAAUACUCUCGAGGAUGAACGCAAAAAGUAUACAGAGGCUGGUAUGAAUGGAUGUGUCGCAAAACCGAUCGACUUAGACGAGUUAAAGACGGUAAUAGAGAAAGCGAUCGGUGAAGGAAUAGAGAUCAAGAAACCAGAAUUAUUAGUCGCCACCACUUCAUGA